GUUGACGAAUGAAUAUUUAAUGGAUAAUUGUGAACUCCGUCACUGUGUAAUAGAACAAUUGGUCGGCAAUUAACACUUCAAUAACCACAGAUCACUGGCAGGGUAUAUAAGCAACGCGCAAACCACGCACAUCUCAACAGCUGCCACGCAAGUCACUGUUGUCGUAAUUUGGAAGUCAGAUUCAAACCUGGGUCACUUACUAAUUUGACACACCACAAGAUUCACCAUGGUAACGGUCAUACCGUUUUUGUCGAAGUUACCUCAAGUAUGGAUAAUUCUUGUCCUCACGGAUGUAGUUCUUCUAGGAUUUGGACGAGCGAUACAGGACGAUGGUAGAUUCCUUUGUUUCCCGUCGCCUAAUUCAGACAAGUACUGCAUCUGUUUUGACAUCGGAGAUUCAUCUUUUACGUACGUGCCAAGAAACGAAUUUCCUGCGCAACUGGCAUUCAAGGUACAGGAUGGACACUUCGAGGAUAAUUUACCAGCUGAUGAUCAUGCAAUCAACUUGAGGAUGGACCUUUCCCCACAUGAACGAACUACCGGAAUUGACGUAAAGGCGGUGAAAUCUUUACUACUGGAUUUAAUGCGGCAGGUAUCAACAUACAAGAAACAGUCCAAGCGAUCCCAUGUGUUGGCAAAGCGUCCAUUCGAUUCAAUAUCCUAUGGGAGUUAUUUUGGUGGCUUUGGUAAAAAAUAAUGCGGACAGAACUCAUACCAUUGUGACAAAACCAGGUGGCAGUUUCUGGUUUCAGUAUUAAUCUCGCAGUCAAAGGGUUUGCGUUUGAAGCAAAUAUUUAAAUACGACAUAAACUUUCUAAAGAAAUAAUUACUAGCUACCGGAUGACUGAUGGUUUCAGAAUACAAACUAUUUUAGAAAAAAACUAAAUAUUUAGUAUACAUCAAAGAAAAGUGUAUAAAUGCACUUAAAAACAGAAUAUUUUUCAAACACAUUAUAUAUUCUUCACUGUUAAUAAAACAAUAAGUGAUGUUGUCAAAACAUGUAUUUAUUAAAAUAUAAAGAACCCUUUUCACAGUUUAACCACAGGUUUAUUCUUACAUGAUAACAUUGAUGAUUUACAUUACAACUGCAACAUUUUAUAACAAACUCUGUCUGUGGGUUAAAAAAAAGUCGAAAUGAUAACAACAGAACUUUAAUUAAAAAACACGGUCAUUAUUUAAAAAACAAACAAAAAGCAAAGAGAUCAUUAUAUAUGACACGAAAAAAACAGGCGUUUCGUAAGACUAAUCGCAUCCUGCUUCAUCAACGACGUCAGCAAUUAAGAUUCUAAAAUUCAAUAUGUGAAACUAUCUUGUGACAAUGAAACAAGUAGUAACACUAUAUGAAUGUAGUCAAUUAGCAUUAUAAAGACAUUGACAUUCGCACAAGGAAAUACAAACGUUUCCAAUAAGAUCAGAAUGUCGACCUUACAUCUUGCCCAUGUUCUUCAUCAGCCUCUUUCGAAACCACCGGCUGUAAUUUUGUCAGUCAUCGACAACAUUUACGGAAAUCAGUACAAAACAGCCAGCUAUUGAGUACCAAAUCAACUGCAACAGUUAAACACUUUGCAAUGAAACACAGUGCAUAACCGUAAUACCAUGCUAUUUUAAUUAUCAAUAUAACAUAAUUAGGUGUUAUGUUGAGGACAAAAAAGGCUACUAAUUAUUAUAAUUGAAAUACAAUACUACGUUUGCAACAAAUGACAGCCAACUAGUCAUGCAUGAACUGGUGGCAUGAUCAGUCAGGUGGAACAUAAGCUCAGACUGAUCUAUGUUUAGCCAGUACCAGACAGUUAACACGCAGACGUACCUUUGUCACAAGAUUGUAAUGACAAUUGAUAAUCUAAUGAAAGCGUCUAGUUUAUAAAUAAUGUAUAAUGAAUCUCCGCAUCAACCCGAGGAUAGAUAUAUUCAUGUUAAUAUCAUGUCUGGCGAUUAUGAGAUUUCUAAAUUAUUGAUGGCUAUUCAUUGUAUACAGAUUGGCAAACUGAAAAUGUCUAGGUAUGCUUAAUGUUAGUAGUAUAUGUUUUGGCUUCAAAUCAAAUUUCAUAACUUUUUGAUACAGAAAAGAUAAAGAAUAUAUAAGACAUCACCAUCAGACAACGACAAAGUCAAAAUCAAUGGUCGAGACGUUAAGACAAAGUAGAAGCUGCAGAGACAACAACAAUAGAAAUACCUGCAUAAUGCCCGGAUAUUGAUUACGGACAAACUCCAAAUUCUGAAACAAGUCAUUAUGAAACUGUAUAAUUUAAAUGACCGAGGGUGAGAGUUUAAUUUCAAAAAUCACAUUUUAUAGAAUACGUAUUUAGGGUGUGCCAUUACCACAUAACGUCGAUCAUUGUUGCAAAAACAAAAUAAACUUAAAAAGAGAAAGAAAUGCGUAAGGUAUGAGAUGAAAGCACUAUUAAAAAUAAAUUUAAAGCAGCAAAC